UGCAACGGGAACGGGCGGUGCGGAGGGCAGACGGGAGCAUGCGUGUGCUACGAGGGGUACACGGGAGCCAACUGCUCGGAGGGAGCAGGAGGGGAGGAGAUCUGCGGGGCGGACGUGUACGGGGAGGGAUGCACGGCGGUCUGCGACAUGGAGAGGGACUGCAACGGGAACGGGCGGUGCGGAGGGCAGACGGGAGCAUGCGUGUGCUACGAGGGGUACACGGGAGCCAACUGCUCGGAGGAAGCAGGAGGGGAGGAGAUCUGCGGGGCGGACGUGUACGGGGAGGGAUGCACGGCGGUCUGCGACAUGGAGAGGGACUGCAACGGGAACGGGCGGUGCGGAGGGCAGACGGGAGCAUGCGUGUGCUACGAGGGGUACACGGGAGCCAAUUGUUCGAUGCGGGAUGUUCCA